CUUUACAGCGAGCAGGAUUUUUUAAUGUAAGUUCCGGUGACAGUAUUUAAUGAAAGUGUUAAAAAGAAGAGUUUAGCCAAUAAUUACAGAGGACAAAACGACAACAUAAAGACCUUACUAUGGAGAAUAAUAUCAACUCUGAAGGCACAGAAAAGACGUUAUAUUUGACGCAAAUUCGAUAUUUGGAGGAGCAGUUGGAGAGAUGUCAGCUGAAGCAUGACAAGCUGGAGAAAGAGAACCAGGAUCUCGUGUCCCAGCACAACGCGAUAGAGAACGAUAAGAGAGACGCCACCAACUAUCUGAAACGCUUCGUUGCUGCAAAAGAGAAGAAGAUGGACGAGCUGGAUGAGCAGCUGGAGAUUCAACAUCUGGCUGCACAUCAGGACGGGGAGAUCCUGAAGCUGCAGCACAGCCACAAUGUGCAGGAGUUACAGGAACACAUCGACAAAAUGAACGCUGAAGUCACAGAGCAGGCUGCAGAGAUAAAGGAGCAGAGGGAGCAGCUGAUGCAGCUGGAGCAGACUCUGUCUUACAUGGAGUCUCUGAAGGCACAGCUUAACUGUCAGAGAGAAGAGCACAAAGCUGCCAUGGACAACCUGAAGAAGAAUGAAGUGUUAAUGAGACAGAACAAGGUUGAGGGGCUACAGAAUGUCACUGAUAAAAAGAUUGAUGAGGAGACGUCAAAAGUUCUGAAGAAGGAGCUUCGUUGGGUUGAGGACCAGCAGACCCUGGUGAGGGACAAAGAGGGCCUGCAGAAGCUGACGGAGGUCCUGCGGGGAAGACAGAGCUCCAUUUGUGAGGAGAGGGACGAGAUUCAGAAACAUGUUGAAGAGAUCACCCCGAAAGGCCUCGCCCGGAAGAAGGAGGCGCAGAAGCUGAGGAAGACGUGCCUGCGGCUGACGGCGGAGCUGGAAGACUUAAACGUGGACUACUUUCAUCAGCUCGCCUCAGUGGAAGAACUUAAAGAAACGCUGGCUGCUCUGUCCGAGAAGAACCUUCAGAGAGCAGACGAGCUGGUUCAGCUGGAGGCCGGCCUGCAGACGCAGAGGAACGGGACGUUGCAGCUGGAGGGAGUGAAGCAGGAGGCAGCCGUCAUCCUCCGACACAUCCUGGAGGUCAAAUCACAGAGUCAGGACUCAGAGAAGUCGUCGUACACUCGAUGGAAGAUGGAGAGGCUGCUGGAUAUCCUGGAGAGCUCCGCCCCCCAGGGGAAGCGCUCCACCCUUCACAGCUCCCCUAAACCUCGGACCGCUGACCUCAAACCAGCGAGGAAACUCUGCGGUCAGAAGACUUCCAGCUGUGAAAAUCUGUCCACUCCUCGUCCUCCUCGGGGGGCUGAUCAGGAUCCAGAGACCUCCACCUCUGCAGAGCGAUGAACAGAAUCCAGAGAACAGCCUUUCAAAAUAAAAGUUGUGUUAAUUUCCUUCCUGCUCUGA